AUCACCAAAACUGAAAGUAGAAACAUGUGAUGAUGUGCACUGUUGCUAAAAAAGAAAUGACACUUUCUUCGGAUGACGAUGAUUGGUUUUAUGAUUCAAUAUCUAGGUACAAGCAUCUCUACAUGUACGACCUGCAGUACCCAGUAACAGCAUUAGACUGGAUCAAUACAAAUUAUGUAUGUGUGGCAACAAGAGGGAGGUCCAGACAUGAAAUAACAGAACUGAGUUUACCAGACAAGCUCUGUACAUCCGAGGACCUGGCCCUGUCCAAAAACAGAGACUUUCAAGUUGUGACGGGAGGGUUCAGCUCUGCACAGAUAAACGCCAUUAAGCACAUACCUGAUACAAGGAUGAUAUGUACAAGUUCUGUCAAUUAUCAUGGUCAUCUAGAAAUAUGGAAGCUGGGUUCUACAGAAACAGAUUUGAUCAAGUUAGAAACAAGAUUGAACAACAGAAAACCUAAAGGGGUAUGCUCAUCAAUCUCUGAGCUGAAAAAGAGUCAUGUGAUUUUCGGUUCCCAUGGAGAUAACCUUUGUUAUGCUGAUGUCAUGUCUCAAACUAUUUUGCAAGAUACUACUGAUUUUAAUUGUGAGGGUAGACUUUCAUGCAUAAGAAACUUAAAUGAACAUAUAGUGUGUGGCUGUUUUACAAGUGGACAAUUACUCAUUUGGGACACAAGGGAGAAAACUCCUUCGUUACAGGAAACAGAGUGUGAUAAGUCUGUGCAAUGGACCAUGGACUGCAGUGAAACGGACAUGGUUCAGUUGUCAUCUGGGGGAGACAUUCAGUUCCGAGAUUCAAGGAAACCUAAAACAUGUAACAUGACUCUUUCCAAUAGUAUAGGUUUCACUUCCAAGGAUCUUGAGUACCUAAAGAUCUGCUUAAAGAAACAAAAUGGAAGUUUACAUCAGUACUCUGUGUCUGGGUUUGAUGGAAAUGUCUAUCUAUUUUCAUCGAAUUCUCCAUCCCCAGUUUUUGUUCAUGAGGGACAUGUUAAAAAUGGAAGUAAUGACCUUUCGAAAGUGAAAGUUGUGACCCAUUCAUGGCAUCCAAUGGAAAACGUAGUUCUCUCUGCUGCUACUGACGGAUCUCUACACGCAUGGCAACAAACUUCAUGAUAUUAAUUCAAACUCAUUUAGAAAGAAAGUGGAAGUAUAUUGUACACAAAUGGACAAGUGUUGAAAACGUACAAGCACUUUUUUCUGGCACUAGUAUCAGUUAUCAUUUGUUUUUUAUACUGGUAGUUAUUUAAACAAUAAAAUGUUUU